CACGGGAAGCCAUAAUACACCUAUUUCUACCAUGCGCCAUGUCCUGCUCCUUGAUAUUAAGAGAUACUGCGUUGCAGCCACGGAAUCUGAUUAUCUGAUGCUCAAAUAUGGGUAAUCGCAAGCAGCAUCGGGUGGAAGCCCUUAGCAAAUCCAUCGAGGGCGCUGUUAUCAAGGACCCAAAUGGAGCCCAUAAGAACAUCAUCGGUUACAUAACAGCAUUCUUUACCGUCUUAAAUAUUACCCUAGUACGUUAUGAUAAUAAUGUUGCUUUUGAAAAACUCCGCCACGAGACCUGGGAGAUCGACGAGGACGAGUAUAAAGCAAGCUUCACCAGGAAGUGCAGAGGGGACAAGAAUUCCCUCAAAGCAAUGGGGGACCUGGGAUAUUCAGGAUCUACCUUCUUCAGAACGGCAGACUCCAAAUUCCUCGUGAAAAGCCUCCCACGACAUUUCGAACACAGGUUUUUUGAGGCAGAUCUCAUAAAGCCCUACUAUGACUACAUGGCGUCCCAUCCGGACUCCCUUCUCGUCCGCAUUACAGACUACGUCUACGCACCCUAUCCAACCCUUGGAAACAUCCUCAAACUCACCCCUUCCAACCACAUUAUCAUGGAGAACCUCCAAUACGGCAAGCCAUCGGACCCAGAAAAGGAUAAGUGGGAAGCAUAUGACCUGAAACCGCUCCAGUAUUUCUACCCGCAGCGCGACCUUCUCCCCUCUCCACUCGUAACGGAAACGGUGCUCAAGAAAACCCUCAACGUGUUCAAAGAUAAGAUCCGGAUCACAAGAGGGGAGUACGAGGAACUCAGGCGGACUAUGGAGGAAGAUACGAUGUUUCUUGAGUCGGCAGAUACAGUUGAUUAUUCUUUAUUUCUAAUUAGGUUUCCAGCAUCAUCUGAUCCGAGGGUCAUUGGGAGGAGAAGGAGUCGCUUUCGCAGUGGGCUAGUUUCUGCUGAUGGGUUGUGGAAGUAUCGGUUUGCGACUUUGGAUUUUUUCUGGUCCAAGCAUAAUCUGCGUACGCAGGUAUUGACUGGGGCCGUUGAUGCUUUUAAUGUUGUCGAGCAGAGAGGGCCCAUGACCGUUACCACGUCCGUGGAGGAUUAUCGACAGAAAUUCCUCCAAUUAGUAGACGAUCUAGUGGAAGUACACGAGGAUAUUAAUACUAGUGACAAGAGCGGAUGA